AUGUUCUUCUCAUCAUUUCUUGUGACAUUUCUUGGUUUUUUAUCCUACUCCCUAGCACUUGAUACUGCUUCCAUGCGCCCUCGUUCCGUGUAUCAACUGGUCACCGAUCGCUUCGCCCUGCCAUCUUCCUCUUCAUCGACCAGUUGCAACCCUUCCGACCGCAAGAUAUGUGGAGGAACCUGGGCCGCUAUUGAAGACCAUCUCGACUACAUACAGCAGAUGGGGUGGGACACCGUGUGGAUCUCUCCCGUCGUGCAGAAUAUAGGAGGAACGACAGGAGAAGGAGAAGCUUAUCAUGGUUAUUGGUCUUUGGAUGUUUCACAACUCAAUCCGAACUUCGGAACCGCUUCCGAUCUCACCUCACUCAUUUCCAAAAUUCAUGAGAGAGGGAUGUACUUCAUGUUGGACGUCGUCAUCAAUCAUGUCGCUGCUACCUCUUCUUCCAAUUUCUCUCCUUCUUCUUCAUACGGCGCUUUCUCCACUUCAAACGAUUAUCAUCCCUUCUGCUGGAUCACAGAUUAUUCAAACCAAACACAAGUGGAAGAUUGUUGGUUGGGAGAUGAUUCCGUCGCCCUCCCUGAUCUCAACACUGAAUCAGACACGGUGAUAAACUAUUGGAAUGGUUGGAUCAAAGAUAUGAUCUCGAAUUAUUCUGUCGAUGCCGUACGUAUCGAUACCGUCAAACAUGUCCCCCAAGGGUUCUGGAAAACGUUUACCUCCUCUGCAGGUAUAGCGAACAUCGGUGAAGUUUUGAACGGUGAUCCCAUGUACGUCUCUGGAUAUCAAUCAAAUGGAAAUAUCAACACAUUCAAUUAUCCAACUUAUUACCCACUUGUUCGAGCUUUCAACUCUACAUCCGGAAACCUUACAGAAUUGGUCAAUAUGACAACUUGGGUCAAUGAUAUCUUCCCAGACCCAACUCUAUUAGGUGUCUUUGUGGAUAAUCACGAUAAUCCUCGAAUGGCUUCCUACACUUCUGACACUGCUCUCAUCGCCAACGCUCACGCCUUCCCAUUCGUCGUCGAUGGUAUUCCAUAUGGAUAUUACGGUGCUGAACAAGGUUUCAGUGGAGGUAGCGAUCCGGAUAACAGGGAACCAUUAUGGACAUCGGGAUAUAACACCAAUACUACUUUAUAUACCAUGUUCAAGAAUCUCAAUGAUGUGAGAAGAGCAGCUUUCAACGCUUCCAACUCGUUUUACGAGACACGUAUGAAUGUCACACAAAUGGGGAGUAACGAGAUUCUCAUUGUCAAAGGUCCUCUGAUUUCUUUGUUGUCGAAUAGGGGCCAAGGGUCAAGUGGGACUGUUACGAUACCCAGCGGGAGUAGUGGAUGGGGGGCCAACGUACAAGUUUUAGAUGCGGUAGCUUGUGAGAUAAUGAAUACGGAUGGAUCGGGGAAUCUUGAUGUGAAGGUGAAUGAAGGAAUGCCAAGGGUAAUGAUUGUUGAGACGUCAAAGGGGAAUGUGUGUAGUGGAGGGACGAGCAAUAGUAGUACUUCGACAAAGUCUGCUGCUGGGCGUAGGGCGGAUGCGGGACGAUGGGGCCAAGUGGGGUGGACGGUGGUGGGUACGAUCAUGUUAGUUAUGGGGCUGUGUGGGUGA